AUAUCCGGCUUUCUUGUGCAGGUUCCUCAGUGGUUUCUCCCCUGUAGCAGAGCUGCACAACAAGAGAAACGAUGACAUUAUUAAAGUUAUGGAAAUGAUCUGGUGAUGGUGGGAUGAGUGAAAUAUCGCGAACUUGAUGGAUGUGUGAAACAGCGCGAUAUUAAGAGCGGUACAGUAGCAGGAGCUCGCGCAGGAGCUCUGAGAUGAUGGCACCUACAAAGAUGAAGCUGCGUGUGAGGAAGAAGGAGAAAGGCUUGGCGAAGUCGUCUCAGCAGCAGCAGCCGCUCUGCCCCGAAACAUCCCCGGACUCCAAGUGUCCGAUCUGCCUGGACCGCUUCGUGAACGUGGCGUCUGUGGAGCGCUGCCUGCACCGGUUCUGCUUUCGCUGCAUCCGUGAGUGGGCCAAGAACAAAGCGGAGUGCCCGCUGUGCAAGCAGCCUUUCCGCUCCAUCUUCCACUCGGUCAGGGCCGAGAACGACUUCAAAGAGUACGUGGUGCUGGAGGACAACGCUCAGAACGCGACCACGUCUGCGACUGUUACGAUGGCCGCAGCAGCGAUAGCGGCGGCACCUGCUGGACAAAACGACGCUGAGAGCACCGCGACACGAACUCGGCGUUCCAGAGCAACGAGGACCAGGCAGAGGCGGAGUCAGAGAGCACAAGACCCCGCCCCUUCUGCUUCCUCGAUGGAUGGCGUGGCACUGGAUGCGACACUGAUGCAGCGAGACCCGGCCUGUCUGCGACAGUUGUUGCCGUGGCUACGCCGAGAGCGAGUCAUGGGAGCCAAUCCCAGUGAGCUCCGCCCCUUUCUGCUAGCACGUACUGACCAUAUCCUACACGAGCUGGUGAGCUUUGCCCGCUCCAUCGAGGCCAUGCAGUGUCCCCCAGCCCCGAGCUAUGAGGAGGACAGCGGCUCUCAGUCCUCUAUAAUCAAUAUCUCUGAGGACAAUGAUGACAGCGGGGAAGCAGACGUUACUGAGGACGUUACCCAGGACCGGGUCCCUCCGGUUCCCAUGGCAACGAGCAGCGAAAUCUCCCUGAGCCAGUCUGCCUGGGACGACGAGACUCCCGGCCCCUCCUACUCCACCCUCAGCCAUUCACAAACAGAGGAAGUGGAGCCUGAUGGGACUCAAUCAGGAGGAACCAGUGCUGCUACAGAACAGCGUGAUAGCAAUAAUAAAGAGCAGGAUGAAGAGGAAGAGUGUAUGAUUGUGGGUUACGUGAAGCCGAUGGCGGAACGGACUCCAGAACUCGUGCAGCUCUCUUCUGACUCCACUGAGGAGGAGGUGGGGGGGGACGAGGCGGCUGCCAUGGAAACGGUAAUGAAGGUGGAGUUGUCGGUGCCAACUCACGAGCAGGUUCCGGUUUCUCCAAAGUCCUAUCCCUCCACCUCACAUACAGAGAGAGGAGAGAACCUGGAGCAGUCACGAGAGAAAGAUACUGGUAAGACCUCUCAUCACAAGAGGCAGGAACGUCCCCCGAAAACAUCUCCCUCGCUGCCAGGGUCACGUUCUCAGAGCAGUGAGAGUUCUCCCCAUAGUGGACUUUCUGUAACAAUUGGCAGAUCCCAUAUAAGACCAAGGAGGCAGGUUCUCCACUUAUUAGGGCGGAGUCCCAACCUUUUUGCAGAACGAGAUGGCUCUUCUUCAGAGGAACUCGUCCCUACUCGUUCCACUGCUGCACGUGACAAAUCAUCCAAAUCCUUUUCACCGUGGGAUUCGCCAGGCCGUGACGGUGAGCGCAAAAGGAAGAGGAGGAAGAGGAGGAGAGAGAGAGAAUCCGAGAGGAGUAGAUCUCCUCAUCGGGAGUCACGGCAUCGUCACGGUGACCGCGAGCUCUGGCUUCACAGCAGCAGCAGCAGCAGCGAUGUGGAGUCACGACAGGAAAAACCUGCCGGUAAACGCAAAUACAAAACGCGGCAUUUGGAGAGAACGGCUCGGCGGCGGAGCAGCAGGAAAUCGCGGGAGAGGGAACGGGAGAAGGAACGGGAGAGGGAGCGAAGUCCGAGUGUGGAGAUCAUCUUCGAGCGGCGGGCCACUAACACACACACACGGAGCAGGAGGCACAAAAAGAGGAGUCGGAGAAAAGAGAGAGCGCAGAACUCACCCACUGUCAUCACGAUCGACAGCGACAGCAGCAGCGGCGAUCACGCCGCUCACACACACCACGCGGAGGACGACUGUCACACUGCUGACUAUCAGAACACGUUUAUAGACGACGACAAAGACGAGAUAACCAGCGACAUCGACCUUCGAGAUCACAACAAUUACGACAACGAGCGCAUUACAGACUACAGCGAUCACACCAUCGAUUAUCAGGAACGUGUUGCUGAGUUCAGCGAUCGUGCUGCUGAAGAUAAAGACUGCUUUACACACUCUGGAGACGACGACGACUCUAAAGAUCAGAACCGAGCGACGGCGUUUACCGAGCCUACGACUGAACACGGAGACAGCGUUGCAGGUGUUAGCAGACAGAGCUCUGAUUUUAAAUACAGAACCGGUGGUGAGAAGGAUCCUGAUCAUCAAGACCACGUUGGAGAUGUUAGCAAUCGAGCUGCUGAUUAUAAACGAAUUGUUCCAGAUGGUAAAAGGAACAGUGGUGAAAAGAAAGAUGGUGUAACAGAUGUAAGUGCUUCCACUGCUGACUCUAAGGUUAACGAUUUAAGGUUAACUCAAUAUCAGGUGUCGCACCUGGAUGUUAACAGUCCAGACGAUUUUAAUGACACGAGGAACCGAGCGGAACUGAAUACAAGUGUUUUGGAUAUGCUGAACCUGGAGCACUGCCUGGUGGACACGGUGCAGCCAAUCAGGAGAGCGGACGAGGAGGAGCUCAGGGUGGAGACUCCACUCUCAGACACACGUCUGCUGGAAUUACAGGAGGGUCUGUCAGGGGGAGGGGGAGGGGGAGGGGGCGGGACACCCAGGAACAGCACCGUGAACCAACCGGAGGCAGAGCUUGUGACUUACGGGGACCAAUCAGAAGGGGAAUAGGCUGAUGUGAGGACAGACUCGUCCUGAUGGAUAAAAAAAAAAAAAAAGUUUUCAUAUGGAACUUUGUUGGUCCACAUUAAUUAGAAACUUUUUUAUUUCUGAAUUUUUUUGUCUGUUUUAUUAUAAAAGUUAAAGAAUGCAGGAAACAUUUCCCUUUUUUAUUGUUGUCACUAUAUAAGUAUUUAUAAUGCCUGUGAUGGAGUUAAUAAGAGAUCAUUAUUGCUGUGCCACAACACACACACACACACACACACACACACACACACACACACACACACACUUCUACAUUAUACAGUACACAUUUAUUUGUCUUAAACUCAGGGAAUUUGUGGCAAAAUGUCCACUUCCUUAAUAACCAUCAUGCCUCUUACACUGUGUGUGUGUGUGUGUGUGUGUGUGUGUGUGUGUGUGUGUGUGUGUGUGUGUGUGUGUGUGUGUGGACAAUACCAUGAACAAAUAAACAACACAAAUGGUGCAAACAAUAAAAACCCUACUGAAGUGA